CAUUUUUAUACCAAUCUGCCAAACAGGCCCUCGAGAACAUCCGAUAUAACGGGGACUUUUCAUUUUCACCAGAAUAUAAGUACAAGCAAUUCACCAGAGUCUCUCUUGAAGGCCCCAAAGGCCUCUGUCUCUCUGAAUCUUGCAAUUGGAGGCCUUCCUUUCCUGGGAAUGAGAGUUCCUCGAAGUCUUGAGGUUUGGAAGAUGGGCACUGUCAAUUACUUGGAUGCACUUAAGUUGCAGGAUAAGCUUAUCUCCCGUAGAAAAACUCAUAAGAUUUCAGAUACCGUCUUAUCACUACAACAUCCACCUACAUAUACGCUGGGGAAACGGCGCACUGAUCACAAUUUGCUAGUCCCUGAGUCUGACCUUAAAACUAUAGGAGCUGAACUGCACUACACACAAAGAGGAGGAGACAUUACAUUUCAUGGUCCACAUCAAGCCAUCUUAUAUCCUAUUAUUUCUCUCAGAGAUAUUGGACUUGGUGCAAGGAAUUAUGUUGAAAAACUUGAGUUAACUAUGAUUGAAUUGGCGUCUCUAUAUGGUGUGAAGGCUCGUGCUGGGGGAGUAGGUGAGACAGGAGUUUGGGUUGGAGAGAGAAAAAUUGGUGCAAUCGGGGUUCGGAUUUCAUCUGGGAUUACCUCUCAUGGGUUGGCAUUUAACAUUGAUCCUGAUCUAAACUAUUUUAAGCAUAUUGUGCCUUGUGGGAUUGCUGAUAAAGAAGUUACAUCUCUUAGAAGGGAGACAGAUUUGGUUCUUCCUACUGAAGAAGUGAUCCAUGAGCAGUUGAUUUCUUGUUUUGCGAGAUUGUUUUGUUUUAGUGACCUUAUUUGGAAAGAGGAUGCUCCAAUAUUGCCAGAUAAUGGGGAAGCUGAAUGAUAUUUUUCUGUUGUAUGCCAAAAAACUGUGUAAUUGUUUUACAGCCUAAAUUUUGUAAUUUAUUCAUUUUUUGUGAUUCCAAUUUUUCAGUUGGCAAUAA